CGUUGGAGUCGCACACGUGUGAUCCAAGUUCCAGUAGGCAGUUGGGUUUCGAAGUACGCUAUAACAUAAAACAGACUGUGGCAUGCGGCUAGAAACAAGCACAAUGCUAUGUAAUGUCUUAAAAUUGUAGUCAACGGUGAAGGGGGGUCAAGGAGGUGCUUCUUAGCAGCUAACAAGCUGUUUUUUUUCCGAUGUUGGGAGGUGCACGGCCAUAAGAAGACAUGCCCGGACGUGUCCUGUGAAAUAUAGGCCGAGCUCUCAGUUGCUAGCAUAACGAACAUGGAUUGGAAUAAAUUCCCGCACCAGCUCUUUCCCAGUUUUUACAACACUGGACCUCCGAAUGCCAAAGCCGCAAUCGACGUAGGAGGCUGGGGACAGUACGGCCAGGUGCUUGAAGUCAACCACUGUCUGUCUGAGCACGCUCCUGGUCAGUUGGCAGAUUUGAAGUUUGAAGCGCAGCACAAAGUGAAGGGAGAGACAUGGAGACCAGUCGAACCGACUGUAGCACCUUUCUUGCCACCUAAUAAAGCUGUCAGGAUCUUCCCAGGUCAUCCCUCAGCAGCAAUGGACUUCCCUGAACAUAUGCAGAACUUCUACUUGGAAAAUUCUCAGGAUGCCUUCGGUACAAUGAGCAGUCUUCUAAGAGAGCAUUUUUACUUUGGCCAGCAGAGUCUGAAAGGACCCAAAAGGGAGAAUACUGUCAAGAUGGGCAGGAUGAAGCAUUUCUUAAGUGGUGUGAAAUAUAAAAAGUGCCCUGUUACAUAUGUUGGAAAGGAGGCCAGGCUCUAUAGUCACCUGUUCGACAGUGUCAUCCACGACAUUCCUCCCACGCUUUUGGCCGAGCUCCUGCACGAGGAGUUGGUCACGCAGAAGGAACGUGAGCAGUUCAACGAGGUGGCCACCGGGGGUGCUCUAGGUUACUUUCCCCUCGAAGUGUCAGACAUCUCACAUGGGGGCUGUCUCGUGUAUCCCGGAGAAGCUUCCCUCAGCUCCCUCAACUUCCACAAGGUGGUGUUAGAGUUCGACAAGAAUAAGCCUCCCCGGCUCAGCUCCAAGGAAGAUCCGUUCACCAUCAUCCUCAAUGGGACGAUCCGGCAGAUCAGUGUUGGCAGUAUGCAGGAGUGUGUUCACAUCGGGGUGCGCUCGGACUACCUCUGCGGCGUAUGGAUGGCCAGCUACACUCAGCAGCCCCUGCUGCUGGAGGUGGUCCAGACCCAGCGGGUCGCCACAUGCAUCAGCGUCAGUCCCCAUAUACCGGGAGAGCUGCUGGUGACCAGUGAGGACGGGGCUGCCUAUCUCUGGACACUGGGAAAGGGCUUGCUGAAAUUCCGUGAGGAGGAGGGGAACCUGUACUUCAACGCCCAGUCGUCGUGGCGAUGGUGCGACUUCUCCGCCCACCCGAGAGUGAUGCAGUAUGCAGACAGGACGGGGGUGGAGCUUACAGACACCAGGACUCCAGAAAAUUGCAGCUACACUCUGUUUCGCAUCGGAGAAACUCCAGACUGCAAGAGGGGAGAGCGGGUGAUCUUGACUAAGUACCUGAAUGACGUGCAUGAUUAUCACCACCUCGUUACCACACAGCAUUCCUGUUACAUCAUGGAUGAGCGGUUUCCCUGUCUGCCCAUGGUCAAGUGGGAGCACAUGAUGGCGGACCCGCCCAUGUUCGCCCAAGUCCUGCCUGGCUCGGCGCGGGGCAGAAGCAACAAGGUGCUGCUUGGCUCCCAAUGCUCCCAGGAGCUGAUGCUGCUGCAGUAUUCUGGUGGUGGAGAAACUGCCUGCUGUUCUGUGGGUCCCCCUCAGAAACUGUUGAUCCCCAGAGACAGCCUGAGCCACCUCCCAGCCCACAUCCCCCACAGGCAGCAGAGGGCUCAGGAAAGACUGAGGAUGCCCGCUGCUGGUGUGACCUCCAUACGUAGUGGCAGGGCUGAGGAGUACCUCUUUGUGCUGCAGCUGUCUGAGGCCGGGGACAUAUUCUACCAGAUGCUGACACCGCAGCCUGACCAGGUCACCGCGGACACGGUGACCUCAGGGAAACGCUCAGUGGACCAGGGUAGCGGAGAACCCUUGGAACCUGAGUUUGCGAGCAAGGGGAACGGGACCGCCUCGUGGGAGUUGGAGGCGGCCGUUAGCGAUGGGGACGGUGAGGACACAGAGACACAAAACGAGCACCGGUCCCCUGUCGCUGAGGACCCCGCCUCCUUGUCUGCGCACGCGGGCUCCGGCAGAGAUGUGACGAGCCUGGCGGCGCCCAGCAAGAAGGUCCUGUCCAGGUGGAAAAGGUGGCUGGAGGCUCUUUUCCACCGUCCGGAACGUUGCGCAAAGCACAGGCAGUCCCUCUGGACCCUAAAAACCAAGGAGUUCCUCUCUAGUCGGAGACCCCUGCAGGACUCUGCGCGGGACGACUUGCUGGGGAACCUGAGGAGGGACCUCGGGGGAGCUAUGAGGAGGAAAGGGGUGUUGGUCCGCGGCUCUGUGUGCCUGCCGCCCCCCGCGCUGGCCCCCCUCCCCGACCCUGUGGCACCGGCGGAGUGGCCCGACGACCUGAGCCAGCGGCUGACGGCGUCCUGGGAGGGGCAGUGGAAGAGCUGGUGGGAGGAGAAGCUGGGGAUGAACCGCGAGGAGAAGGUGGCGGCCCUCCGGAGGAAGAGGCGGAGGGAGAAGCUGGCCCGGGCCGGCCGCCGCGUUGGCCUCUCCGGGAGCUUCACCUCCUCCCUCAGCUACCAGUCUGACCUCGACAGCCUCUCGGGCUGGUCGUCGGCCGCCAGCCUCGCCGGGGACAGCCAGGGGGCUUGUUCGGACGUGGACGGCGCGGCUGCUGGCUUCUCCAGCCAGGACGCCUGCUCCGAGCCCAAGAGGGCAAACCCACCCCCCUCGGAGAACAGGUCCAUGACCUUGCCGUCCCAGCCAGCGGAGAAAGCCGGCAGCCCUUCGACCGGUCAGAGGCCCACGCCAUCCAGGAGGAUGAAACGCCCGGAGCAGGACUACCUGAGCUCCCUGUUCAGUUCCCACGAGAAGCAGCACACGGGCGAGGAGAGCGAGCCCCCCUUCCCUCUGGCGUCCUCUCAGCAGCCCAGCAUCUCCUCCUCCCAGAGGAGGCCACGUGUCUUACCCUCCUCCCAAGGGUCCCUGUCCUCCCAGCCAAAAAAGAAGAGGUCACGCAUGGGAUUCUGAACACUGAAGGAUGGACCUUUGGGGCAAGUCAACUGUCUUUCAUUCCUUUGUUUAUCCUUCAUAAUAGCAUCAUGUGUUUGUAUGCUGCUCGGCUGGCUUUCUGGCCUUUGGUUUGAGUGGUGCUGAAGUUCAUUGAACUAUGAAAUGCCUGGUGCUUUUCCGCACAGUUUGUGUUUCUGUUUUUGUCAGGGAAUUAUUAAUGACAGUUGAACUCAUUUGUUGUACAUGUGAGUCAAGCAGGUGAAGGUUGCUUGGCGGUUAUUAAAAGUGCAGUUUUUCCCCAUUUUUGUUCAUUGUCAGAUUUCAGUUUGUUUGGGAGCCACUCUGUGGCAAGUAUUUUUUGUGCCAUUCAACAGUCAGGGCAGGAAUGUGUUGGCAUGUAUGUGUUGAGAAGCAAAUCAGUACUGUUGUUACUGACAAGUGUUGGCAAAAUUGCUCUACCUGUCAAGUAUUGUCAUAUGUAUGGAUACAAAACAAAUGUGAAGCAGUGUUUCAAAAUAGUAUUUUUAAUUUUCAUGUUUUUUAAUCCAACCAUGAGAAAACAUAACAUCAAUAAAUUAAUAUCUACAGCAUACUAUUAACAAAGCUACUUUUUUUGCUUGUU